AUGUCAGACAGCAUAUAUGCGCGGCGUCCAUGGAAGUUCUUCUAUCUGCUAUACCAAUUAACUGUUACCCUCGCCGUUCGUCUGCCUAUAUGGAUUUUUCUUUCUAUGAUACGACGCCCACGACAGUCAUGGAGCGUCUCGCGGACCGUGCUUGUGCAGCUCCUUCGACAAUUCGUCUAUAUCACUGAAAAAAUAGGUCCUAUCUUGCCGUGGGAGGAACCCAGCCAUAGAGAGCUCGUGCCCAACUCAGGUGGCGUAUGGGUUGAGCCAUUACCGUCGUCGGAAAUAUCUGAUGAACUGCUGAUGCUUGCCUCCGCGUCGGGGGCAAUACCGGUUCGCAUACCGGGGUAUUGGAUACCGGCGAGCUCAUCAUUGUCGCCGGCGAAGAAAGGAGAGAAGGUGCUGUAUUCGUUGCAUGGUGGAGGGUACUAUGAAGGUAGUGCGCACCCAUCGAGCCCCAUGGCUGCCAUUCCGACCAGCAUACUCAAAAGCUGCUCAUCCAUCACAUGUACAUUCGCCAUCGAAUAUCGUCUUUCAACGCAGCACGAAAAUGCAUUCCCCACCGCACUGUUCGAUGCGCUAUCGGGAUAUCAUUACCUGAUCAACGUCCUCCAUAUAUCUCCCAGCGACAUUAUUGUCGAGGGAGACUCAGCUGGGGGGAAUCUCGCUCUUGCUCUCACACGCUAUCUUGUCUCAAACAAGACGAAUCUCCCCGUGCCAUCUUCAUUGCUCCUUCUCUCUCCUUGGUGCGAUAUUGGUUUAUCCCAUGACGUGCCGUCGUCGUCGAGCACUCUGAAGCUGCAUGCAGACUAUGAUCCCGAACCCCAUGGCAUUGAUGACGUUAAACGAGCCUUCUUGGGGCGCAAUGGGUGGGGGGCAGCAGAGAUUAAUCCAUACAUAUCGCCUGCGUCCCGUAAUCCGGCACUCAGCAUUCACUUCAAGGGAUUCCCGCCGUCAUUUAUUGUCGCUGGAGGCGCUGAGAAUCUUGCUCCUCAGAUACGUCUGCUAAGAGACAGGAUGCAAAGGGAUUUGGGCUCGAAACUUAGGUAUUUUGAAGCCGAGGGAGGGUCUCACGAUUAUAUUCUAUUUUCUUGGCAGGAGCCCGAGAGAAGUAACGCGCUUCAAGAGAUAGCAGACUGGAUUUCUGCAUAA